AUGGUACUCGAAUCAUCUGGCAACGGCAUGGUCUACGUUCCCGCCCCAAGUCCUACGAGUCUGGGUACUCAGAUACAGUCGGGUCUUGGCAAUACAUCAACGCUCAGUACUCCAUCCAUAACUGGGACUCCCGCUACGAGUUCCAGUCUUUGGCCAGCGUCAAUAACCUAUGUUGCCCAAUCGGGCAGCGUAGCCGUUGUCGGUGUGGCAUUUACCACCAUCGUCAAUGGAACCUCCAAGAUCACUACCACACAGCCUCAACAAUCUCUAAUUCCUCCAACCAAAUCUGGAUACAGUUUGAUUGCGAUUACAGUAGGCGGGAACAUCACGACUCUCAACCUGAACAGUCUCCCAACUGCGACCGUGCCAUCCGAGCCAACCGGUGUUCAAGUUGUGACACAAAGCGGGAUCCCAGUCAUCUACAGUCCCAUCACACUACCAGGGUAUAGCAAUAUCGAGCCGGCAGAGAUCUCCACAAGCUUUACCGAGACUAUCAAUGGGCACACCACUGUCCAAGGAGGAUGGUAUGUUUGCUAUCCUGGUGAUGAUGGCAGUGGUGGGGGCGGCGGCGGGGACGAAACAGGUCCACCCGGCUUCCCUGGUGGCCCCAUUUAUGGAGGAGGGGAGCCUGACGAUGAUCCCCCACCGUAUGAACAGCCUCCACCAGACGAAGAGCCCGAACGGACGACUGAACCUGACGUUUCAAAGACAUCAACAAGUUCAGCAUCUGCAACCUCGGAGUCUGUAGCUCAGUAUUUUCUUGUCGCAACACCAGGCGCGAAUGUGGCAGGCAUCAAUGCUUUUCUCGGACAGAUUGCGCCAAAGUCAGUGGGAUCGUACGCUCCCAUUUUCCCUACAAAUACUGUCGAUGGGGGAUUUUGGACAGCCAAUCUUUCAUCUGACGGUGCAGCGUCAGCGUCGAGCCGGAGUGACAUCUCUAUUAUCGCAACAUACACAAAUACGCCAGCAUCUUACCCUACCUGGUCUCCUUCCGCGUUCAGCGAUACGAUGACAGUGGACCUAGAGACUCUUUACGCGAGCACCUUGCCGCCAUCAGAGACUGCGGCAGCGAAAGUUCGUCGUGAUAUUUUGGAUCAAGGGUCUUGGUCCGAUUCUGACGUCUCGAACCACGGCCAAUCCCUCAGGGGAGGCGCUGAGGCAAGAGACAAUGACCAUUUUCGGCGAAGAGAGUCCAUUCAGAUUCUCAAAAGAGACCCAGGUAUUCGCGAUGUUCGACAGCCUCUUAGCCCCGAGGAUCUGUCCGUCCUGGCCUGGGCACCCGGUGUACCGUCCGUUGACAGGGUGGAUUAUAUUUUCUCAGAGAGAAAAGGUGAGAACACCUGGGUAUACAUCCUGGAUACGGGAGUAAACAGCUUGCAUAAAGAAUUUCGAGGGAACUGGCCCGGCCAAUAUGGUCGAUUCAACAUCGACCCGCAGGUCUUAAGGGAUCCAACAGUUGAUUGGUGGAAGCCGCAAUUUGCGGCUUAUGGUACCCAAGGCCACGGCACAUGUAUGGCCUCCAAAGUCUGCGGCGCAAGGACCGGUGUUGCGAAGCAAGCCACAGUGAUAUCUGUUAUGCACGCUGAAACUAUUGAAUCGAUACUCUCAGGCUUGAAUCUAAUCCUGAACAAUAUUUUUUCUCGGCAGGCAAAGGGUCAGGCUUUGCCAGGACGAACGGUCCUGUUGAUGUCGUUUGCGACAAAUCGACCAGGAAUCGACCGAUGGCAAGCAAACUAUGAGAAGGCACUCCUUCAAUCCAUCAUGAACCAAGGCGUAAUCUGUGUGUGUUCAGCGGGAAACAGUGCCGAGACACUAGGCUUCCCCCGGACGGGUUAUCCAGCAGCGCUGGCCAGUGCGACGUUCCCUUUGAUUCCCGUUGGUGCGGUGGACACUACUGGCAACAUUGCUCGUUUCUCUCAACAAGGGAUGGUUUACACCGUUGGUGUCAAUUCUCCUUGUGCUUCCUUUGACAGCAAUCUACUGGAAGAUUCUGCCGACGGAACAUCUGGAGCUGCCGCCAUAUUUGCAGGUCUGGUAGCCUUGAAGCUGAGCGAGCCAGGUGACGUCUACGGCUUCAACGGCGUCGACAAAAGACAAUACCAACAACUCGUCAAAAACUACUACACCGUCGGCUACAACAGCCGCCAACCUGGCUUACGGUCCGUACACCCUCCCGGAUCGUGGUACCGUCCCGCAUCGUACGCGCCCGUGGCGUGGAAUGGGCUCGACGGGUCGCAGAACAACAUCUGCCCUCUAAUCUGGGCGCCACAGGGGGAAUUCAAGAAACGACAGACGACCGAUCCCGCCACAUCCUCCGACGUUUGCGCCGCGUACACCUCGCAUUCGGUCAUCAUAUACUCGCGCGCGGAGAAAAACUGUCUGGGCAGCAUAUCCACCUGCGCCUUCGACUACUUCCUCUACUCCGUCUCCAGCCCCACCGGCAUCCCAUCCGAUAUCUGCAACGACGAUGGCUACAUCGGCUCCACGCAAGAGACCAGCCAAAGCAACUCCAUCGCAUUUACCCUCCCCCCGACCACCGGCGGCACCACCAACGAAGACCUCAAUUUCGUGUACUCUUGGACCAACGAUGAGAUUUCGGGCUGGAUAACAGGCGGCAGCUUGACGGCACCCGUAGCCUGCGUUUCGGAACUGCCGCCGAGUGCGUCGUUGACGGACACAUGUACGUUGGAAGAGCCGGAUUCGCAGGCGCAGAAGAGGGCGGUAGGUCCGAUCAUCCAGCCGGGCGUACAUCCCGUGACGUACGUAUAUGGGGCGUGGGCGAGGUGCGUCUGGGGAUCUGUUUAG